AUGCUGUGCACACGGAGAACGAAAACUUUGGUGUCGACGUGCGUGAUCCUGAGCGGCAUGACCAACAUCGUGUGCCUGCUGUACGUGGGCUGGAUCACCAACUACGUGGCCAACGGCGGGGCCAAAGUUGCGGAGGGCGGCAGCAACGGAGGCGGCGGCGAGGCGGGGGCAAAGUUGGAGGAGGACGGCAGGGGCGAGACGCUGAGGAUUAUCGAGAGGCUGGACCGGCUGGAGAGCGUCGUGAACGAGCACAUCAGAGCUUGUUCUCUGUUGGAUGAGCUGAUCCGGAGUGAAAUAUGUGCUGGCCCGUAUCGGGUGGCUCCUUUGGCCGGUGCCUCAUGA